AUGGCCGACGACCGAAAACCUUCGAUCGAGCAUAUCUCGGAUGACAAAAUCGCGCCUACUACUCUGGAAGCAGGAAAUGGGGUCGUCGAUGGGCAUCGGAAGCUGGUCCCACCGCCGUUGGUGGCUGCUAUGAGUGCCGAGGAAAGAAUUGAAGCAGAGAAGAGGAUGCGACGGAAGAUCGAUACGAGAUUGUUGCCGAUGAUCAUCCUGAUGUAUAUCAUGAAUUACCUCGAUAGGAACAACAUCGCUGCCGUUCGCCUAGCAGGUCUUCAAGACGAGCUGGAGCUCACGAGUGUACAGUAUCAAACCACCGUUUCCAUCCUGUUCGUCGGCUACAUCCUCAUGCAGAUCCCGUCAAAUUUGUUCCUCAAUAAGACCGGCAAGCCCGCCAUCUAUCUUCCCACGUGCAUGAUCAUCUGGGGCAUCAUAUCGGGUGCGACUGCUGCAUGCCAGAACUUCGCAGGACUGGUGGUGUGUCGUUUCUUCCUGGGAUUUAUCGAAGCCGCAUACUUCCCAGGAUGUCUGUUCUACCUCAGCGCUUGGUACACGAGGAAGGAGCUGGGUCUGAGAACGGCGGUUCUUUACUCUGGAAGUUUGAUCUCGGGCGCCUUCGGUGGGCUCAUUACCGCCGGGAUCACGAGUAAUAUGGAUGGCACGCAGGGCUUGAGAGCGUGGCGCUGGGUGUUCAUAAUCGAGGGUAUCAUUACCGUCGCGAUUGCCUUUGGCGCUUUCUGGAUCCUACCCAACUUCCCUCGAACAACUUCCUGGCUCACAGAGGAAGAACGCCAACUCGCCGUCUACAGGCUCCAGGAAGACGUUGGCGAAGACGACUGGGUCUCAGCAGAGUCGCAAACCUUCUUCCACGGCCUAAAGCUUGCGUUACUCGAUAUCAAGACUUGGGUGCUUACAAUCAUGCUUCUAGCAAACGUAUCAUCGGCCAGUGUUACCAACUUCUUCCCAACAGUGGUCAAGACGCUAGGAUACCCAAACAUCGAGACACUUCUGUUAACAGCGCCACCUUAUGUUCUCGCAGUCAUCACCACCUACCUCAACGCCUGGCAUGCCGACCGCACCGGCGAACGAUUCUUCCACAUCGUCCUCCCUCUCUGCGUCGGCGUAGCAGCCUUCAUCCUUGCCGCCGCUACCACUGCAACAGCACCUCGCUACGUCGCCAUGAUGCUGAUGGUACCUGGUGUAUACACUGGAUAUGUCGUAGCUCUGGCCUGGAUCUCCAACUCUUUACCUCGUCCGCCAGCGAAGAGGGCGGCUGCACUGGCUUUCAUCAACGCGAUCAGUAAUACGAGCUCGAUCUAUGCAAGCUACAUGUAUCCUCAGCCAAAGAGUGGUCCGGCGGAUUUGACGGUUCCCCUGAGUGUGGAUUGCGCAACUGCAGCACUGGCCAUUAUCAUGGCGGUCAUUAUGCGCAUUAUACUGGGGCGGCUGAACAAGAAACUUGCUCGUGGAGAACACGUUGAAGGAGCAAUCAACGCUGUCCCUGGGGUUGGUGCCGAGAGAGGUUUCAGAUUCUUGAUCUAG